CCCACAUUACUAAGAUUCGCCCUGUGAGUCCUGGUUUGGAAUACAACAACCAAUAUCUUGGGAUCCGGCGGGACUUUCCAGACGGUUAAUCAGUGCAACAGCGAGGGCAACGCGGCGAAAACACACCGAUUGUGCGUAGGUGGUACUAAAAAUAGAUUAUGGUUCGACACGGGUAUAAAUUGUGCUUAUAUGAAUGGAGUGGGAUACAAACGGCACGAGACCCCACUGUUUCUGUUCCUCUAAACUUCAAGCGUUUUGCUGGUUACGCGGGAACUUAACAUUGGAACAUGGUGCGAGUUUGCAGCGAGAGCAACGGGAUCCAGUGCGAAGAGGGGGAGAUAAACGGACUUCAGUCGGGGGACAACGUCGCUGUCCUGAUACUCCUCGACCACUGUAGGGCAGCGAGGCGACAGGAGUGCCUCUCGCGUCUCGCCAUGGCUUUCCUACUGAUAUCAAGUUUAGCAGUUUUCUUCUUUUUUCGGAUGACUCCUCAGCAUGUGGAUUCUACUCGGGAAUACGGUUUUUCACAGUUUCGCCAACAACGUGACAACCCGCAUGCACACCUGACAAUUCUGGACCCUGCUGCUCUUUGCCCAACAACCAAAACGAACACCCUGGCAUGGGAACCGAAGGACGGGCUGGCACACACCGACAGUUUCCACUAUGACAAUAAGAAGCAGGCCCUCGUCAUCCAGUCGACAGGGUUUUACGUCGUCUACCUGCAGAUCACCUUCAGGAAACCAGAGGAACCCGUCUGCGAUCCCAAGCGCGGACCUAUCCUCCUGGCGGCCGAGGUGUAUGCCGGAAUCCCCAGCUACACCGAGUCCACCCUCAUGACUCUCUACGAGUCCAUGCCCUGCAUUGGACUGUACCGCAAGUCUGUGUUCACCUCUGGCAUUUACCUGUUGGAAUCCAACACCGAGCUUAGUGUGAACGUCAGUCGUAUCGACCUGGUUGACAGGUACAGUGAAACGAAAACAUACUUUGGGGCAUUUUUUUUUGAUGUGGAAAAACAAUAAAUGCUGAAAAAUGGUAUGGUCUUUUGGGUAGGAAAUCUACAAUAAUACUAUCUGUGCUUUAAUUAUUCUGGUUAGUUUGUAUUAUUAUUAUUAUUAUUAUUAUUGUUAUUAUUAUUAUUAUUAUUAUUGUUGUUGUUUAUUUUUGUUAUUGUUGUUCUUGUUCUUAUUAUUAUUAUUAUUAUUAUUGUGUGUUUUUAAUGUAUGAUUAAACUGCUAAUUAGAGAAUUCACUGUAUUUUCCAAAUGGAAAUGUAUACCAUAGAACCUCAGAGAUAGGAACCUCUAGAUUCAGUCACUGUUAAUCCAGUAUAUGAAAUUGCAAGUAAAGUUGUCUAAAAUGUCUCCUAAUGUUCCGUGAAUUUUCGUCCCAUUUUCUCUCAUCUUCACUUGGGGAUUCAAAGAUAUUCCAAAGGAAUGACAUUUAUAUAAUGAAUUUUUCAGUGGCUUUUUAAAUUUGGUUUUUAAGAAUAUGGUAAUUACCUAUGUAAAAUGAACUUCUUUACCUGGAUCUGAAAGAAGACCAGUGUGUUUUACAUUAAAAUUUCACUUACAUGCUAUUACUGUGUAACUGUAUACUAUUUCUCAGUGUGGAAGGAUGCCACAAUUUAUGCAGAGUAAUUGAAUAAAUACAUUCAAAUUUCA